AUGUCAUUUAGCUUGAUGGUUCCCUUGGACGAAGAGUACAUGAACAGGUUGCAGUCAGUAGGAUGGAACUCAGAGCUAGUUAUCACUUCUGUGAGUUCCUCCAUGUUCACAGGCUUAAUAUCCACUAUGUUAAACGACUGGUCCGCUAUUCCCAAGUUCCACAAAUUGAUUCUAAGGUCGUCGGAAGAAAUGAACGUUUCCUGA